AUGGGACGUUGUGGCCACGAUAGUCCAUGUGAACAACUUUGCUACGAGCUCCACGACGGCAUGUUUGAAUGCGAUUGCAAAACAGGAUUUGCAUUACAUGAAGAUGGUUAUACUUGCACAAGAAACGAUUCGGUGACGGAUAAAAUCAAAGAGUUCGAAAGAGAUAUCGGACUGACGUUUGUUGAUUCCAACGAAGUGGAUUCUGAGGAUAGUGUUCGGUUUGUAAAGCACGUUGAAACUCAGACAUCCGUUGCCACAGGCUCGCCGGCUUUGUGCGUACGGAAGUGCGGUGAAGGCAUAUGUGUGUUCGACAGCCGGAAUAAACAGACUUGCCGAUGUCCUUUUGGCAAGACCGGAUCCAACUGCCAGAUAACAAAUCCAAUUAGAUACCCAAGAUUCAAUGGACGUAGUUGGUUAGCAUUUCCACCACUCCGAGGAGCUUACAAACACGUGCAGAUAAGUUUAGAAUUCAGACCAGAGAGCUGGGAUGGUAUUUUGUUUUUAGCUGCUGAAAGAGAUGAUUUAGUAGGAGAUUUUAUGGCUAUUCUGCUUCACAAUGGCUUUUUGGAAUUUAGAUUUGAUUGUGGAUCUGGUUUGGGAGUAGUUAAAUCUGAAGAAACAGUUAUUUUAAACCAAUGGAAUACGCUAUCUGUGUAUAGGCAUAGAUGGGAUGCGUGGAUCCAAUUAAAUCGUGGAAAACGUAUUGCUGGAAGAUCAAAAGGUUUAUUCUCAAGGAUUACGUUUCGAGAGCCUGUCUUUAUCGGCGGUCGAGGUAACACAUCUGGGCUAGCUGAACGGUUCCCAACAGACCGUGGAUUCGUUGGUUGUGUUCGGUUGUUACAAGCUAAUGAUCACAGAUACGAUUUUGGUGAAACACCAGCUGGUGAUACAGUCAAAUCUCAAGAAGUUGAGGAAUGCUCUACGGACAAGUGUACAAGAUCUCCUUGUCAACACGGUGGAAAGUGUGUAACAACCGCCAAUUCAUCAUUAUGUCUGUGCCCUCUUGGUUACACUGGAGAUUUAUGUGAAACGAUAUUGGACUUGCAGGUACCAUCAUUUAAUGGUUCCAGUUACCUGAGGCAUCCCGCUCUGGGUGACUCGGCUCUUUCAUGGUUGGAUCUGGAUAUUGUUUUCAAAAGUCAAUCGAUGGAUGGACUGAUACUAUAUGAAGGUUACCAAAAGUAUGGUUCAGCUGAUUUUAUAAGUGUUUAUAUGAUUGAUGGUCACGUAGAGUUUACAUUCGAUCUAGGCACGGGAACCGCAUCGUUAAGGAGUCCGUGGACAGUUUCUCUAGGAGAAUGGCAUAGACUACGGAUAUCACGAACAGGAAAAUUAGCAGUUAUGCGUGUGGACAAUCAACCAGAAGUUCAAGUAUUAUCGCCGGGUGCAUUUACACAGCUAUCAUUACCGUUAAGUAUGUACAUCGGAGGUGUACCCGACUUCGACACAGUACCGGCACAAAUCAAGAUUCGGACAUCGUUCAAAGGCUGCAUACAAAAAGUGACCAUCAACGAAAAACCGUUGCAAAUCGUCCGUGGAGCACUGUCUGGGGCGAACGUAGCCAACUGCCCUCACCCAUGUGUGGCCAAACCUUGUGGAGAUGAGGUGCAGUGCGUACCAAUAUUCGACAAGUACAAAUGUGUAUGCGACAAACGGUGCAACUCGUCCGACGGCGAUCAGGUGUCGUUCGACGGCACGUCUUUCGUGCAUUACACCGGCCACGAGGUGCAACAAAGGAUCACUGACGGACACUUGGAUAUAAAUAUGCGAUUCCGGACUACUGCACUUACCGGACUCAUAUUGUGGACCGGGCGGUUAGACAGAUCGGCCGACUUUUUAGCUUUGGGAUUACAAGACGGUCGUAUUGAAGUUACUUACGAUUUAGGAAGUGGUGAAACAGUACUUAGAUAUAAUACCACUGGAUUACCUAUAAAUGAUGGCAAUUGGCACAGAAUGAAAUUUACUAGAGAUGAAAGGUUGAGUGCUUUAACUAUAGACAAUGGUACAAAAAUGAUAACGAUCUCCACAGGGCGUUUAAAACAGCUCAACACAAAUACAGGAUUGUAUUUAGGAGGUACGGAGGACGUGGAGAAGUCUACGGAAAAGAGAUACAGAAAAGGAUUCGUCGGUUGCAUUUCGGACUUUAUCCUGAACACGGACUACCAAGUGAAACUGUCUUGGUCCACCGGCACAGAACGUGUUUGCAUAUCAUAGAGCAAUAAUUAAUGAUUUUCUUCCUCCGGCACUCGUGCGCGCACGUACCCACUGAGCUUACGUACAUAAACGUGUAAAAAUCACGACGAAACAUAUUAUUAUAUGAUAUAUGAACCAAACCACUUUAAUUGCGGUUUUUCUAACUGCAGGAGUGAAAAUAUUAACUUUAUAAUGUGUUUUCCUAACGUUUGAUAUCUAGUCUUGUAUUGCAGUAGUUAAAGGAAAUUCUGUUUUAGAUUAUCAUCAUUAUUAUUAUUAUUACUAUUAUUACUGUUGUUGUUGUUUUUGUAAUACGAGUAAAAUCGAGAAACCACUAUGAUAAUUGGACUAGUUUCAAAAGUUUGAAUGUUCGGUUUUAAAACACAAUAACACUAUAAUAUCAUAACGAUUUUAAUAACAUAAUAAUUAUUAAAUUAUCAUUACGCAAUAUGUAUAAUAUUAAUAAUAUUCAUUAUGUAGGUAGGUAUAUCGACUAUCGACAUUUUUCGAAGAAAGGACCGCAAUAUAUUUUAAUUCUGUGAAGGCUAAACUUAAACCUACCUACCACCCGCACGCGAAUCAUUUCAAAUCGUUCGAGUAUCUACAAUGUGCAUAAUAAUAUUAUCAUUAUUAUUACUUCAUAUUAAUAUUGCGUUUUGAAACGAACAAUAUAAUUCGCAUCACGUUCGAACGCUCCUUGRCAUUUUCCAUACACUGAUAUUACCUACACUUUAAAGCUUACYAUUGUAAAUACCGUACCUACAUCGAAUACAAUAUCAGCCAAUACAGAAUUUCUGGACAAAAAUAACGAAAUUCAGUAGGGCAUUGCUGGAAAAAUAAUUUUGUCUGCACGAAAAUGUAUUCAAUCGAAAUUUAAUAUGUUUUUAAAAUCGUACAGCUAGU